AUGAAUCCAAAGUUCUGGCUGGCAACCAUGUUUGUGAUGUCCCAGAUUGGUGUACUCAACGCCAACAGCCAGUGUCAUGUAAUCGAAAGCUCCAUUGGUGGAAUGAGCCUGAGAGGUCACGUGUUUAAAAUGUAUCGCGAUCAGUUGCCUGAAGAGUGUUUUUACCUGUGUGAGGAAGAAGUCACGUGUCAGAGUUACAAUGUCGUCAUUGGUCAAAACAUCUGUGAACUGAACAAUCGUACAAAGGAAGCAAGACCGGAAGAUUUUAUGCCGGAUCAGAGGAGAUUUUACAUGAAGCGUUCUAGAAACAGAGUUCUCCUCGGAUCCAUCAAAGAACUUCCGGCGAAAACCUGUGGUGAGAUUGAAGCGAGUGAAGGGAACCAGAUGGCUGACGGGAAAUACUGGAUUUACUCUGAAGAGAAUAGCGAGGUCAUCGAGGCCUAUUGUAAAGAGAGCUGGCAAAAGAUAAAUGGUGAAGAACCCGUCUGCUUUGGAACCAAAAAUAAUCAGUAUGGUUCCUUCAACAUGAAAAAGAGUGGACGAGUGAAAACAAUGAAGCUUAUUCACAGGUCAGGGUCGGUGCGCUGCAACGAUAAAACUAUUUCAUCCUACUGGGGCUGCACCAACCCAAGAUAUGGAGAAAAUUUGAUGACAAUCAUCACAGAUGCCAAUAAGGAGGCCAUUCUGCCCCCUGCCGAAGACUUGAAAGCUUUACCUUCCGGUGCUUUUGGAAACAAAACACACUUUUACAGUCUUCCUGGAUAUCACCAUAAUUCAACUGAGCUGGUUUUUCGCAACCUCGUCAAUCCAUUGUCUGUCUCGAGCAACCAAGAGAUGCAGAUAUGGUACGGACAGGAUUGGGUGGACGGCGGAGAGGAAGACAACAGCGGUGAAACUUGUGUUGAUGUGUAUGCAUGGUAUGAGUGAGUCUGCCCACUGCCCUCAGUUGCCUUCGAUAACUUUAAACGUAGAAGUAAAACAUUAGAUUAGAAACGAACGCCAUUCAUGUACAAGAUUCCGGGUAAUAUUUUUAGGAAGACAAACCUGUUUCAAUGUUUAAGGACUGCUAUGUCUUCGUUCUAUUCUCGACAGAAAAGAGAAAGACCGUAGGGAUCAGAAUGGUUUUUAUUGUAAUAUCGCUCAAGAUCACAGAGGAAGGCGUGAUAUUUUUCAGUCGAUUAGUUUUGCCUAGUUUUGCUCAGCCUGGUACAUCUUACUAAGUAGUAUAGUAUUCAUGUCGAGUGAAAUUUUAACUGUAUGAGAAGUUUUAUAAUCAAUAAAU